AUGGACUCAGACAGAUAUAUACAGUACAAGUCAGAGACUAAGCAUAUUGCGAAAUGGCUCGUCAAAACAUCCCCGAGAGGCACGCGAAGCAUUAUCUCGGUCGACAAGGGCGAAGGAUCGCAGACAGUCAGACUCGCCACUCACCAGAUGCGAGAGCUUGCUCGAGCCAUCGCGCAGGAAGCCAUGACCGCAAAGAAACUGCCAUCUGGGAUUGACAUCACUCUCACAGUACUUCAGAGCGUGCUGCGAGAUCGUCGAGAAUGCGCUCUAUUCUACAGGCAGUUCGAUAACAAAGGCGGCGACGGCCUUCAAAGAAAGGAUGGGCACCAGCAUUUCAUUGACGUCUUGUCCUCAAUCCUCGAGAAGCUGGUUGACAUCAACAAAGCACUUUCUCCAAGAAGACAGACCGCAGAUGAUCUUGGCACGGUGAGUGUUGCGCCUGUCAACAUCUUCGACCUCAUUUGCGCCGACUACGGUGACGACAAUGCAACGAGCGAGGAAGAAUCAUAUGCCAGCCCUGCACCAAGACACGCGACUUCUAAGCGCGAUGAAGACGAAUUUGACAUUGAGGACGAUGCGGGAGACAUAAGACAGGUGCUUUUUCGCUUCUUUCGAAGUGUCGCCGAAACCAGACGAAUCAUCACAGAGACGGCGAUUGAUAUAUUGAGGAGAGAAGCACACAAGCUCACACUAUUUCACGCGGAACUUGAGAGCUUCGACCACAUCGCCAACCUACUGCCAAUGGCUAUCGACGUCACAUCUGGUACAAGCUACGAGGCACCACGAAGCAUCUUUGAUCAUGAGGACGGCGAGGAUCAAGACGAUACAGCUUCUGGUGACGCUGCUUGCAUCUCGGCAUAUCUGACCAUCAGCGUACUCCGUCACACAUUGCAGGAAGACCGCAAGCGAAGCAGCGUCAAGCUCUCGUACCUCAACUACAUCAACGCGGCUCACCCUGUCGCCGAGCUACUCGCCUGUUCAGACUCCUUCACGAUAUCAUAUGCGGCUUUCUUGCAAGACAAGAAGCUGCGCAUUGACUUGCUAUUGGUGAUCAUGUGCUUCAACAUGCCGAGGGAGCAGCUUCUGGGAGCAAAAGGCAUAGUCUUGGGCUCUGAACCUUACCAAAAGCCCGCAGCUAGUCUGAAGUUCCUGCUAGAGCAGUUCCCAGUGUUGACGGGCUGCUAUGCUCGAUCACUGAGUCAGCUCGCAUAUCUGGAUGGCAACACCUUAUGCAACACGGAUGAUGUCGUAUUCUCGAUGGCCCAUCUAUUCGACGUAUGCUACCAUCAUCAGUGGCUCGGAUUUACAGAUGAGCUUUGGCCGGAUCUUUCCACAACAGCGGUAAGAGGUAUGAGGGAGAACACAGGUCUGUUGAAGAUCGUCAAGGACACAGAUCCUACACCGGGUUUCUCGAUGGCCAAAGACUUUGCGAUAGCUUCGGGACUCCAGGCCAAUCAUCAGACGAAGCUGAGGUCCGUCAACGAGGGACGUACGCAGGAUCUACCCAAUAAGAAAACUCUCGCAAUACGUGUGCUUCGAGAAGUAGACUCUGCAGCUGCGACCGGUCCACGGUAUCAACCCAUUGGUUUAAUCUGGUUGCGGGGCAUUGAGCAGAAGAAGCUAGUCAAAAAACUAUCUACUCCUGAGCUCCUCUCUGCUAUAGCGAAGAUCUUGCCCUUCCAGGAACAUCAGCUCCGCCUCAACGCACAGUCCGUCUGGCUGCUUGCCUGCGUCGUGCCCAGCAAAGUACGAAAGCGUCUCCAAGAGGAGUUUCCGCAGCUCUAUGCGGAAGCAGAUGAUCAAUGUGGAAGCUACAAGAGACUCGUAAACGCCAGCUUAUGGGACAACGCUCUCCGAGAGGACUACAUGCUCAUGGGAGAGUCCACGAGACAUCUGAGUGAGAUGCCACCCAACGUAUUGAGGGCUGUGGCUGAAGCGAUACAGCAGCAGAUCAAGGACAGGGAUCGCUUCGCCACCGAACGAGCAAAGGCCACGGCUGCUGAGGGCUAUAUCACAGCUGAAGGCCUGAGAGAUCUGCAGGAGGAGCUGAGGCACGCGAGAAGGUAUACUUCGAAGUGCGAUCUGAAGCUCAGAGGGUCUAUUAUGAGCGUGGGUAGUCAGGAGGACGGGAGAAAGGUCGAGACUGUAGCGGAAAGCAGCGAGGGACCGCGUGACGAAAAGAAGACGGCCGUGCCGAAGAAGGUUACCAAGGCAGAGAAGAGGGCGGCAGCGAAGGCGAUAAAGGAAGCUGCGAAGGAUGCAACGAAACAAGAGGAGAUAGGAAGGUGA